GGUUCUUGUCACGUGACUCAACGGACACGUUCAAAUCUGUACGCGGCCGUUGCAUCCACUGUGGUUGCAUCUGGUCAGGUUAGCGUUGGUCAUUUAGAACCGAGGUAUUCUAUACGACCACUACAACUGCCUGCUGUUACUACGAGUCCUCGUCCACUGCUGGGUCCCGAGUCAUGGGCGACCCCCGACCCUACAAAGAGUCAAUGGACGGUGCAUCCGACGCCUCUGAAUCGGAGCGAGAAACCAGCAGCAAUGGGGAGGUUAAGGUGCGGCUGAACAUUGCGGCUGGGGCAACAGAACCCCUCAAGGUGUACCUGCGGCUGAGGCCACGAGCUCUGGGCCGCGCUUUUGCCUCCCCGUGCUUUGAAGCCAUUGAUGCCACUACCUUGGUCUCCACAGUAACCGUGCAGGACAACCAGCAGCAGAGAAAGUUCACCUUCACCAAGGUGUUCCCCGAGCUGUCCCAGCAAGAGGACAUCUUCGAGGAGGUGGUGGGCGGACCCCUGGCAAGCUUCAUGGCGGGCCACCACGUGCUGCUGUUCGCCUACGGGCCAACGGGCAGCGGCAAGACAUACACAAUGCAGGGCACCCCCGAGCAGCCAGGGCUCAUCCCCCGCACCCUGGACAGGCUCUUCCGGCUGGUCGGCCCACAGCUGACGUCCCGGGCACCCUUCGCUCCCCUUUACUUCGGCGAGGUUCAGCCCUUGGAGCACAGGAACGAGAAGUACAUCCUCCAGAAGCGAGACAACCUGCUGCUCCAGCAACGAGCCAAAGGUGCAGCAGAGUACAGCACAUUCCUCUUCACCAGCUCGAGCACCACCAGCAGCUGCGACGCAUCGGCCUUCAAGCCCGGUUCCAUGGACGUCUCUGUGUGGGUCUCGUGUUACGAAAUCUACAACGAGAACGUCUACGACCUCCUGGUUCCGUUGGGGCACGGCCAGCGACGCACGCUGAAGCUGGGCGAAGACCACGACCACCGUGCUUACGUCAAGAACCUCACCGAGGUUCCAGUGCAGACCGCAGAGGACGCUUACGCACUCCUCUGCGUGGCUCGGCUUAACCUGAGCAUUGCGGAGACUCGGCUGAACCAGAGUUCCAGCAGGAGCCACUGCAUGUUUAACAUUCGGUUGGUGCGGUGCGACGACGCGUCCGAUGAGCCGGCAGUUAGCUGCCUGACGUUGUGCGACCUGGCGGGCUCGGAGAAUCCGGGCAAAACUGGCAACGUGGGAAGCCGUCUCAGAGAGGCCGGUCGCAUCAACAAUUCUUUGCUCGUGCUCGGGCGCUGCUUAGAGGCUCUGCGGCUGGGCAAGGGAGCAGAACAGCGGGCCCCCUUUCGCGACAGCAAGCUCACGCAGGUGAUGCAGGCUUUCUUCGUCGGAGGCGGCAUAGUCUCGCUGAUCGUCAACGUCAGUCCGUCCCCCGCCGUGCUCGAGGAGUCGCUCGGGGCACUCAAGUUCUCCGCAGUGGCCACAGAGGUGGUCCCGGUGGCCGCAGAGCCCCGCCACACCAAGUGCCGGGCGGCCGUGCAACGCCUGUCGAAGGUGCGGCAGCGCACCGACCGCUGGUCGACAGACUGCGAUGCCUCCGAGCGGUCCUUCGACGAGGACAACGUGGCCGAACUCUUCGAGACCGUGGAGACCCUGCAGCGAGAGCUGGACAGGGCGCAGCAGACUAUUGCGCACCUGCGCCAGCGCGUCCAGGCGCAGGAACAGUCCAUUGAUAGGCUGGAGGAUUCUCGGCGGAGGAUGGUGAAGGUCUACGAGGAGGUGGUCAGGGUCAAGGUCGACUGUGCCAAGGUGUACAUGCGGAUUGAACUGGACCGCAAGUACAAAGCACAACGGAAAGAGCUGGUGAAGGCACGCAAGGAGAUCGCCCGGUUGAGGGGAGAAACCGGGCCACCUAGGCUCUCGGACGUCAUCGUGCUUGGUGACAGCGAGGACGACAGCGAUGAAAGCGACGGGGAGUCUGUUGACGAGUCCACAAGCUCGCUGAACACUACCAGCCACGACUAUCCGCGGCAGAAUGCUCCUUCGUGCAGCGAGACAGCAGCCCCCGCUGAAGUCCGGAGGUCUCUGCGGAGCACGCUUCAGGCGGAGGUUGAUCAUCUCCGUGCGCAGCUGGACGCUCUGUCGGCAGAGAAGACAUUGCUUCUGGGUGCUGUUUCUGCAGAACGGGAUGCCGCCUUGGACAGUGCAGCGCAACUCGACUCUCUGAUGCAAGAGCUUGCCGAUGCCAGAGCAGAACGGAACCAGGCAGAGCGCGACGCAGACAGAGCGCUGGAGCAACUCCGGGAACUCCGCGAAGAGCAUAGAGAAGCUGUCGUCAGUGUGGAACUUCUGAGGAACCAGCUCGCAGCAGUCUCCCAAGCUCAGGAGACAAAAGCCAAAGAGCUCGCAAGCUUGACCUCCCAGUACCAGCAGCAGCUGGACGUCAACGCGGGCCUGAAGAACAGGCUCGCAGACAUGGCAGACAUCGUCCAGAACACAGAUGCCCUUCGCCAUCAAGUAGAGAUGUUGCAACUGCAGCUUCAUGAAGCGACCGAGAGGCAAGAGCUUGCAGAGUCUGGAAGGCUAGAGGCUGAGAGCAAACUCUCUUCCUCUAAACUGGAGCAUAGGCGUGAGCUCGACCUCCUGGGGCAACAGCACGAGGCCGCGCAGCGUACCACCUUGUCCCAGUUUCAGUCAAAGGUGGAUGACCUAAAGGCAAAGUGCGCAAAGUUCCAGCAAAAGUGGGCAGAAGCAGAAGCGUCGCGAGAGAAGGCCUGCUCGGAUGCGGCGCAGAACAAGGAAGCGCUUUUGCAACAACUCGAAGAGGUGCAGGCAACCUUGACUUUGAAAGAGAGUGAGCUGGAGUGCUGCAAGGAGCUGCUCAAGAACAGCGAGGCUGCGCAACUUGUGCUUCUUGAGCGCACCGGUUCGCAAAGGCCCAAGUUGGAGGACGUCACCGAAGAGGUUGACGAAAACGACGAAGGUAACACUUGGCGCAAGACUCCAGCGUCCAAACGGCAGCGGCCGAGGCGCCAGACUCAACAAGUCGGUGACGCUAUUGCCUUCUGUGAUGACGACGACUUUGCAGCUCCUCGCCGCGUGACUCGCUCCAGGGCGAAGAAGUCCAGCAUUUCCGUGGCAGAGCAGAACCGGAGCGUGCUGGCCGAAGCCAACUCCAGCUCGUCCCCACUGCAACGCGUGCUUGGCUACGUGACUGACGUCUUCUCCAGGGCGAGUGCCGUGGGUGCGGCCGACGCGAAGCUCCGCUCCAGACUGGUCGAGCCCGACCCAGACUUCGUGGACUUGACACUGUCGCACGAAGACAAUUCUUCGACCACCACUCCCUGCCGCAAGAGCAGCCGGAGGGCAAGGAAGUAGGUGACGAUGCUGUUCCAAGUUGCCACUUUUUAUUUUUAAAACUUCCACUUCUCUGUGGAUGACUUCACUUUUUGUGUUUUCUUUUCUUAGUGUUUUCUUAGUCAUGUGUGUCAGGAUGCCGGCAACUUGUGCCAGAUAACCUCCUUUAUUCUUUUUUUUUAAUUAAAAUUCCUUUUCUUUGCAUGGCUAUUUCUUGUUUUGUGCAACAGUCUCUCUUUUUUUUAAUUGCAUCUUCUAACUCCAUUAUUUUAUUAAUGUCUGAAUUUAUUAGUCUUUUCUUUUUUUUUCUGCAUCUUCAUACUGUUGAGGCCCCCAGCCCUUCUGUUUUAUAUAACCAUGUGUGGUCCUGUCUGGAUGGUUAUAUUCUGGACUUUGCUCUUGUUGCAUUUGGACAGCAGGAGGACCAGGAAGUAAACAACGCUGUUCCAGUCUGCCCAUCUUUUUUAAACCUUCCACUUGCCUUUACUAGAUGAAUUCACUUUUUGUGUGUGCAUAUGUAAAUUAAGCUCUUUUUUUGUGUGUCUGUGUCCAUGGGUUUUCUUUUUCCAGCAUACUGUAUCAGGAUGCUGGCAACUUGUGCCAGAGAACUUUUUUUUAAUUCAGAUGCAUUUUUCUGCCUAGAACUUAGUGGACAGCCUCUAGAGUUGUUGGUUUUACGAAGUGAGUGCUACAUUGCAGGGCAUUUCAGAACUUUUUUUAUUUCUUUUUAACUUGUUUUGGUUUUUGAACUAUCAUUUUCGAAAUUUAAGGGCAAUGACGUGUAAUGCUAUUCAGUCGUGUAAAAUAUUUUGAAAGGUAAUUUAUAAUGAUCGCUGCAAAUUACUUUUACUGGUGAACAGUACCUCAACAGGGAGAAGUUACUGCUCCUCUCGUUUCUUGACGAGAUUCUGUGAAAGUGCAUCGCUAUUUUUUAGCUGUAGUAUUUUAUCUCUCUAUUUUUAAUUGCAUCUUUUAGCUCCAUUAUUUUAUCCAUAUACCAUGCAUUUGUAUUUAUGAAGAGCUUUCAUGCUUCAUCUUUCAUUACUGUUCCUUUCUGUAUAUAUAUUCUGCAUUAAUAGCCGUUGCUUUUUCUCGGCAUCUGUAUGCUGUUCAAGCGUGCAGCCCUUCUGUUUUAUGAAACUAUACGGUCAUAUAUAUGGAUGGUCAUAAUUGCUGACUUUGCCCUCGUUGCAUUUGGGCUGCUGUUUUGUAUGUGCACUCUAAAUUUCCAACUAAAUAAAGAAUACUGUGUAUUCCAUGCU